GGAUAGUGUGUGAAUAAAUUCUCUCUGAAAAAUGGGUUGUAACUUAUGUAUGUUGUCUCCAGAUCAUCCUCUGGGAUGUUUUCCAGCCAAUAUCUUGCUGUGCAGCUCUAGUGCAACGUAAAAAGAAAGAUGUUCAGUAUUUCAUCUACUAGGUUAUUAAAAAAGAUUUUUACUGGGCUAACAUAAGCAAAUGUUUAAAAUUAAAAUUUAUUUGGAUGGCAACAUUAAAAAUUAGCAUUUUGUCUUGUUUUUUGUUGUGAUAGAAACAUGUCGUGAAACGGAGUAUAAUGGCCGUGGUGCAUUUACGUAAAAAUUCCUUACCUAUAACUCGGCAGUGGUAUAGAGAUGAGAAUGAUGAUUUCUCAAGAGUGAUGCUUCGAAGGUAUUUUUAUCAGCAUAAAUUGUGUACUACCUGUGCUGGGUUUUAUGGACCUAAUUUUGAGCAGCCACUUUGUGUUACUUGUCAUGCUUUUUUAUAUCCUGUGGACUUAAACGUAUCUGAUGGCGCAGUUGUAUAUCAAGAAAAAAGUGAUUCUGAUGAUUCUGGAACUGAAGAACCUUCAGAUUUUUAUGAAACUUUACAACAAAGAAAUGAAAGACCACCUAGAGUGCUUGGGCAGUGUAAACUUGACAAAUUAUCUGAAUGUAUCACAGCUCUUAUAUCCCCCAAAAGAAAAGAUAUUUUUGUAGAAGGGUUAAUGGAAAACUUACCAAGUGAAGGUAACUAUGACUACAUUUUAUAUACCGUUGAACCAACUGCAGUUUAUAGCUCAUGGAGAACCAUUCGCUUAAGGAACGAGUUGAAAUCUUUACAUUCUGAUCCACCUGAGGGUAUUGAAGCUGUUCCAUUGGAUGAGAUGUGUUUUCAUUGGCAAGCUACUAUUUCUGGUCCUGCAGAUAGUCCUUAUGAAGGUGGUACAUUUUUCUUGUAUCUGCAAAUACCAUCAAGUUAUCCGAUGAAACCACCAAUUGUUCGUUUCAUCACAAAAAUAUUUCAUCCCAAUGUCAGCAGGCACGGUGAUAUUGGCAUAGACUCAAUUCAUGACAAUUGGAGUCUUAUUUUGACUAUUUCUAAGAUUCUAAUAAGUAUUCAGUCGCUUUUAACAGACCCUUAUUGCCAUGUUUGCAUGGAGCCAGAAAUAGGACAUUUAUAUCAAGAAAAUAAAUCCACAUUUGACGCCAUUGCUAAACUUUGGACUAUGCGCUUUGCAAUGCUGCAUAGAAGGCCCCAAAUAUUAGAUAGGCCUCCUUUCAUUUCUCAAGAUAAUGGAUUGAAUCCGAAUUUGUGAGAGUUGGUCUUCAGUUGUAUUAUUAUGAAACUUUGAAAGUGAUAAGCUCUGAAUCUUCUUUGAGUCAAGCCAAUGUGUAUAGCAACAUUUGUACAUUUGUGAAAUAUAACACACUUCUAUAUUUGUAUAUAUUACUGAAAAAUGAAGUUAAAUUGUAUUAACAGUUGUUUGCAAUGUGAGCUGCUUUUUCCUAGAUUGUUUAACUUAUAAAUUGUUAUAUCUUACAACUCUUCUAUAUUUUACCUCAGCAAGAGUUUUUGUAAAUAUGAAAGAAAAUGUCAGUUUUACCAUAGCAACAGAAAGUUUCUGCAAUGUAAUUUCAAUUGUUUAUUUUAUAUAAUAGUUUUAAUUUUCAGUUGUUGAAAACACAGUGAUGUAUAUUAUGAGAGUUUUGAUAAAUUUAAUUUGAAUUUUAUAUAUUUAAUUACUUGAUAUUUCUUUAAUUCACAUAGAUAUUCAAUUAUAUAUAUGUUCACAUUUUAUCCUCUGAAAAUGGAUAAAAUUUGUGACAGCAUUUUUUUUUUGAGCUCAAAUAUUGUAAUUUGAUUCAAAAUAAUUCAUUCAAUAUUUGUAUUUUUUCAGAAUUGUUAUUAUUUUUUUAAAAUUGUUAUUAUUUUUAAAAUUGUUAUUCUUAUGUUUUUUUAAAAAAGUUAUUGGUUUAUAAAAUAUUUUAGCAUUUAAAAAAAGCAGACAUAACAACUCAGUAAUGGGAAUAAUGUUUUUAAAACUAUAAAAAAAAAAACAUCCAUGUUUUACCACGAAGAGGGUAGUUGACACUACUGUAAAAAUAAGUUCAAUAUAUUUUUUAGAAAUAAAUUGAUUAAUUAAAUGAAAAUAAGGAGCUAGGUGUAUAUUAAAAUCUACGUAUUAUAAUGUAACAAGGUAAAAAUCAAGUUAAAAAUCUUUUUUUUUCAAUGUCUAAAACAAAAACUUCUUUAUAACUAUCACUGGAACCAAAGAUUCUAAAGCCUCUAAUCUUUCUUUUGAUAUUUAAUUUUCUUUAACUUAAAAAUUAAUGUUAUGUGAUUUCAUUUUUGACGUUUUCCUGUAAGCUGCUCUAAUAAACAUCGAAUAACGAAAAAAAAUUUAACUGAGCAAUCUUACCAAUUUUCUUGUAUUCAUUUUAAUUUUUCUUGUAUUUUCGGUGCAUUUAGGAUUCUAUAACUACUUCAAAAAUUUUCACUCAUGAAAUUUAAAUGCUGUAGCCAGUUAUUUUUAGUGUUAAUACCAGUUACAGAAUCUGUUUAAUUUUUGGUAUUUGUAUGAAAAGUAUAUUUUAAAGGUCAUGUUAUCUUUGCUAAAUAUGUUAAUUAGUGCAAUGAUUGUCAAUGAAGUGCAAUAAUAUUCAGAAAGAAAAAAUUAUAUGAAAAGCACAAAGAACUAAAAUUAUUUUUUAUAGCUACUGCUUUUAUUAAAUUACUCAAAUUAAAAUUUAUUUGCAGAAAAGUUUAUUCUUCAUACAUCUCUUGUUAACAACAAAAAAAUAAAUUUAAUUGAACCAAUUUAUCCAUACAUUCUACUUUAAUGUCUUGAAUAUUUUUCUAGUUGGCCAUAUUUUAAAAAAAAACUGGUUGCACUGAAAACUUGAUUUCCCAGAUAAAAUUAGUAUUUCGGCUUUUUUUUUCUUUCUAAAUAUAGAUGAGUUUGAUUUUUUUCUUUGCCUUUUUUUCACAGCAUAUUAGUUUUUGUUUAUAGCACAUUACUGUAUAUUGUUUAAUUUUAUGAAAUUAUGUAUUUUUCAUGUAUUUCAUAAUAUGUUUGUUAUUCAGUGAAUUAAUAUAUUAUCAUGAUUGCAUUUUGUAAUAUGGGCCUUUAUUAAAAAGCGUAAUUAAAUGUGUGCAGCACAAAUGUUUUCUAAAAAAGUUAAUGUCAUUUUGUACAUAAUCAUAGUUUAAAGUAUUUCUAUAUUUCUGUGAAUAUUAAUUAUAUUAGGUUAUUUUAAUCAAUAUGUAAAAAUAAAUAUUAUAUAUUUCUUUUAUGUUAUUAACUGUCAAUGUUCAUAAGUUAUUCUCUAAUUACACUUUUCUAAAAAUAAGUUGUUCUAACAACCAAAUAAUCAUAAUUGAUGCUCACAAUAAAAAAUUUAAUAUUUUAAUUCUACGAAAGUUUGUUUUAUAAAAUGUACACGUUUUAAAAUUUUAUACAAUAUUCAUAAUUGAACCAGUUUGUAAAUUUACUAAAAGUUUUAUUGUCCACAAACCUUAUGCCUUUUCAAGGCUUGAAAAAUAUGUAUUUUUUCUCUUAUUUAUGCAUUAAAAUGAAAAACAUGUGUUGCUCAAACUUUUGGACAUUAAUGCUCAAUCAGUUAUGUAUGAUACAAUUAUUUUAAAUUUAAAAUAUCAUAAAAUAUAAUACACAUUUUUUUACAUAUACAAAAACAAAUAUUAGAUUAAUAUUGAUAUAUUUUUAUCCAAACUAUUCAAAAGUAAUACUUAAGCUAUAGUUGAUCAGAAAUUAAAUAUUUGAUCAUUUUUAAAAGCUGCUUUCAGUUGCUUAAUUUAUUUGCAUUAAUUGUUUUUGUUUAAGAUAAAUAAGAGCACGAAAAUACAUAGCGAAAAUUUGGAAAGAAAAAAAAGGGCAAGAUCUUCUUAAUUUUUUUUUCUUUAUAUUUUCUGUAAAAUAAUAUUUUACUUAUUUUUACAAGUUUCAAGUAUAAUUAAUAUUUCAGCUUUGUAUAUUUUGAAGUAAUAUUUGCUGAAUAAUAAUAAUUCUGUGCCUUUGUAAAAUAAAACUCUUAAAAUCAUAUUCAUUUUAUAAGACUAAUAAGUUUUAAAAUGUCUAUGUAAUGUAUUUUGGAAAAGUUAGAAUAAUUUUUAAAAGUUUUGUGAAAUAUGGGUGUAUUUUUUCAGCUGGAACUUAAAUAAAAUUGCAGUUGUAUGUUGCUUUAACACAUUGACAGCCAAUUAAUAUUAAUCACAGACUAGACUUCUUGGCAUGACAUUGAAUUUUCAAUGUUUAAUUUUUAUUAAAUCAAGUUUUGAUUACAUUAAAUAUCCAAAUGCUCAGUCAAUGUUUCAGUGUCUGAAUGACAAUGCAGGUUAUAAACAGAAUGCGAGUUAUAAACGGACAAUGCAACAUUUAGAAGCAUUAUAAAUACACUAAGCUGCAGCAAUCUAAGCUGUGGUAACCAUUGUAACGUCUUAAUUAUGAGAGUUUGAUAGCAUGCAAUGGAAAAACAGAUUCAUGUCAAGUUAUGCUACUAGACAAAAAGAAAAGAUAUACAACCCAUUUAAAUACUUGUGGAAAUUUGUGUCAUUAAGAUAAUUUUACACUACCAAAAGCUUAAUACAAGCAUAAAAUUAGACAUAAUUCAGCAAAUGUAAAUUCAGUAAAACCUCAUAAUAAUAUUUUAAGUGUUAAUCAGGAUAUUGUUAUAGGGCAGAGGCCUCCAAAUUUAGCCAUAAAAGCUGGAACCAGCCUUUAUGGCUUAUCAUCUCAAAUCUGGCCUGUGGUUCCGAUCUUGACAUGCCAGGUAUUGGGAAACUUUUUAAUUUGAUUGUGCUUUAAAAUAUACCAAGUAAGUAAGUUAAAAUCUUACAAAAUAGUAAUGAAUAGGAGCAUAAUAACUGAUAUAAAAAAUGACAUUAAAUGCCUAGACUGUGUCUUAACCAUGGAGACUUAGGUUGAAAAGAUAUAAAGAUCCUUGCUAAAGGAAUAUUGCCUUAUUAAUUACUAAAAUAGUUGUUGUAGCUAAAGUUAACUAAACCUUAUUUUAACUCACUACUUUAGUUUAUACUAAAAUUUCUUGAGCCUCAAUCCUAUGUUGUUGCAGAACCUAGUAUACAUGAUGUUCUAAAACAUUGUGAUAUAUGUUAUUCUAGUAUUUACUUAUACUGUUUUAUAUUUUGUAAGCUUGAAAAUGUUUAUAAACCUAUGUCCUUCAGAUUUUGAACAUUAACUAAAUUUUAAAAAUCUUGUAGUUAAAUCUUGUUGGCUCUAUGAUUGAAGUCUUAAAAUUUUAAUGGCACUUAGUGUGGUAAAGCCCGUUUCCUCAAGAAAGAAUUUAAAAGAUUGUUUUAAUUUUAUGUUUUUCUUUUACAGAAACCAUGCUUAUUGAAGUCUUGUUUUAUUUUUAAAUAAAAAUAAUCAUUGGAAUUGUACACAAAUUUCCUAUUAUUCACGUAUGGAAUAAAAGUAAUAAACCUGUUUUAUAUA